AUGGGGUGCAGCUCCUCCAAGCCAGACCCGGUCGCCCAAUCCCAGCCGGCUCGCCCCGUGCCGGCCCAAAACUUGCAAGAAAGCCGACCUGGCAAGCCAGCGGUCUCGAAUUAUGGCAGCACGGCGAGCCCUCAGAAUCACCAGCAAGAUGAUGCCCCGUCUGAGGCUGGAGCGACCUCGAUGAGACCGGAGGUCAGGAAGCAGUUUAUGCAAGCCAUACAUACCGCUCUCCACGAUGUGCCAUAUGUGGUCAUCGGCGGGAGUGCCUUGGCUGAGCACGGCAGCUUGCGGGAAACGGCCGAUGUUGAUGUCCUCCUCGGGGAGGGCAUAUCCAAAGGAUCGGCCGAGAGCCUGCUAGUCAAGCGUAGUUCUGGUCGCCUGGUGCGACUAGGACGGGGAAGACUUGGAUUUGUCUGGCGCGAUGGAACGGUGUUCCAGCUCGAUCUCACCGAAGAUAGGGAUGUAGAUCUGCCGUUCGACAUCAACACCGACACCCAGGUCAUCCGCGGCACUCGCGUUGCAACACUGGCGUUUCUACUCAAUUCCAAAGCCCACGCGUGGCAGACCAGGGUGCCUUUCGAGAGCGACUACGAGCAGAAGCGCGGCAAGGACGCCAGAGACAUUGCUUUCUGCCUCCGGCUGCUCAAAGGGCAAACAAACAUUGAUCCCAAGCGCCUCAACUGGGUCUACAACAAUUAUUUUUGGACGCCAUUCAACACGGCGUACCCUUGGAUAACGCCCCUGUUCCGAGACGCUGGGCUGUGGACGGAGGAGACGGCCUUUAGCUCGGCCUCGUCAGCCAACGGGUGGUCAAGCAGAAGCAACCUAAGCAGUGUCGGGAGCUUCCAGAGUCAACGAGAUGGCUAUCGCGGUGGCUACACAAGCGGUGUAAACAGUCGAGCGGGUUCGAGGACCGGUUCCAUGGGGCGGUAA